AUGAUGAAUGAAUGGCGACGUAAGCUAGAGACCGUCAAGGUGGAUCAUUACGAUGGGCAAGCUAUUUACAGUAGUAAUGAAUUGAUCUAUGAGCUUGGAGGAUAUCUAGGAGGUGGUGCAGCUGGCGUAGUGUACGAAGCUUUUUCUACACGGACAAAACAGUAUGUGGCUAUCAAGAUACUGAAUCCUGUUGGUUACAAGUUGUUUCCUAGUACACUAUUGGCACGAUGUAUUGUUGCCGUGAAGGGCAAACCUUUGAUGACGCUGCCUUCUGAUGAGACAGAUGUGAAUGUGAGAAUGGAUCGACGAGCUCAUGGUUCAGGGCUUCAGCGAUCAAACUUUCACAUGCUGAAACCGACAACAGAACGGAUAUGUGUUGAGAAUGUGUGGUGGUUGAUUCAUCCGACGUCAAAACAGGCUAUUGCGGCAUUUGAAGAUCCAUAUACAGGGCAUGUUCGAGAACUGACACUGCCUCAGUGCAUUCAAGUGUGGGGUGAACAGAUGAGUCAAAGCGAAAGCAAUAUGGACGGACAAGAAACACAUUUUGCUGAAUUGUACCAGGAAGUACAAGUGAUGAAUCAAAUGAUUAAGAUUCCUCGCAUCCCGAAGAAGUUCAUUAAGUUUGCACACACUCGGCGAUCGAUUCAUCGUGAGAUAUCGAAUAUGGCGGGACUGGAAUACCAUGAAAAUGUCUUACGUCUAGACGAAGCGCUGGAACUCGUACAAGAUAGCAAAUGUACUACAUUUUUGGUGCUUGAGUUGGCUGGAGGUGGUGAGUUAUUUGACCGUAUUAAGCUAGAUUGUGGUACCGAUGAAGAAAGUGCGCGUUUAUACUUUCGCCAGCUUAUUUCUGGUGUGGCGUUUUGCCAUAACUCAGGCAUUUGUCACCGCGACCUCAAGCCCGAGAAUUUGCUUCUUGCUGACAACGAGGAGCAUUCCACGCUAAAGAUUGCAGACUUUGGGCUAUCUGCAAUAUUCUCCUUUACCGAUAAUGACGCGAACGAUGGUCCCAACGGAAACGGAGUUGAUCAGCCCGCUAUCCGUAGGUUGCGCUCGGUCGUUGGGUCUCCUCACUACGUAGCACCUGAAGUUCUUAUGGACACUGGCCAAGGGUACGAUGGCGCAAAGGCCGAUGCUUGGUCUAUUGGUGUCAUUUUGUAUGCAAUGAUUGCGGGUAAUUUGCCAUUUGGAAAGGAUUUACUGAAGUGUGUUCGCUACGACCGUUUUCGCAAGUGGUCAUACAAUACGAAAUAUAGUGAUGACGACCCUGCAAACGAAGUUGAGUUUCCGGCUUGGUUUUUCCCACCACAUUUCACGUUGGAGCUGAAAUCUCUGAUCGCGCAACUAUUAUAUCCGGAUGCAUGCAUGCGCUUAUCGGUGGAGGAAGCACAGCAUCAUGUGUGGGUGCGCGGUGAGAAGCUAAAAAUGUCAAGCCGCUAUAUGCUGGACAAUGACCAGCCGCCGAGCAAUUGUCCGCCUCUCAUUACACCCGAGUUACCAUCACCAUUAUCUCACUCAUCUUACAAGAGUUGCAUGAACGUGGCGAUCAACGCCCUGCAGGACGGCAUUGAAUUGGGCCAGCACAUGCAUCCGAGUCAACUAGGUUCUGUGUCACCGCAAGCUAUUAUUAGAUUGCUUGCCAAAUCUCCCAACGCUCACAGUCAUACGUAUCGAUGUCCGUCAUCACCGCAGCAAAGCCUUCAUGUAAACAAGCAUCUUGCAGGUGUAGUCGGAUACAUGCCGCCAGUGGACGAGACCUCGUCUAUGUCUGGCCAAACGCCUUUGAGUUCUCCCCGUGACUCCAAGAAGAAUGGCAAUUUUGAAAUGGAGCUUGAGGACAAUAGUUCGAUGACGUCAUUGACAACAGAGCUAGAUGUGUGCAGUAUUUCUAGAGACAAGGUGCUUUCUAAGCCGGAGACGCUUGUUCGUGAAGCUACCAUGAGCACCGCUACCGAGAGUGUGGCUACAAGAGAAGUUGGCAAUAAUGCGGCAAGCAACAAUCUGAUUGGAUCUGCUCAUUUGACAAUGCAGCAAGCGACUUCGCAGCGACAUCAGCACUGUUUCGUGGACCUUACAAACGGAGAUGUCGGAACCAAUGCUAGUGUCUUCGAUGGGAUCAAUAUCCUCGGUCGCUCCCCUCCACUUGUUCCACACUCAGUUGUGACCAUUGAUGAUAAGUCUAGUGUGUCAAUCGACCGCACUUCGACAGAAUCACUUGAAAGUGCAGUAAACUUGGGGCCAGAUGCUAUGAGCAACUUGACUGAUGUUGAACAGGAGAAUCUGGAAACGAUGUGUUUGGCCCCUCCUCCAUCGUACAGUGAUGUCGUACCUCGCUCCACACGGUUUCUCACAGCUCUACCGGCGCGAUUGGUGCUUUCUAACGUCGAGAACGCUUUGAAGGCCCAUCCAUGUCCGCUCCCGUACAAUUGUCCCAAAGUUCCGCAGCACGUGACUUUGGACUGGACCAAAUACCAACUUGAAGUGCGGUAUGCUGGUCUUUUGGCUUGCACUGUGCAGGUGUUCCUCUUCCAGCGUGGUGUGUAUCUUGUUGAGUUCCGACGUAGCCACGUCGACACGUUUCGAUUCAAGCGCUUUUACGAAAAGAUCCGUGCACAGAUUUCUGAAGGCGUGGGUGGAGGUCCUGAACAACCUUCACUAGCAUUUCGCAAGCGCAACAAUUCCAUGUCUGGAACGUGUUGA